UCACAACAAUAUAAAAAGCGUACACUGCGUCACACUUAAAGCAAACCUUCCCACAAAACCAACUUUUCCAACAGGGAAAGUGAAUCCAAUCACUUUAAUACAGAGGAGCGCUGAGGGCUGUUCACAUGAAAUAAAAAGGGUUUUGGACUGAGAUUUCAGAGCUUAUGAAACUUUCUAGUUGGGUUAUUUUGUUCAACGUUUUCACCGCCUUGUUGUCCUCUUUAACCUCCAACAAAAACUCUCCAAAAACACCCAAAAAAAAUCUCUUUUUUCUUAAUUUUGCUUGAUCAUUUUCUUUAUAUUGCCUUGAUCAUUAAUAGAAUCAGCAAGAAAAGUUGUGGAUAACUAGGUGUUUUCGUAGUUGACGGUAAACUUGUUUCAAAGUUUUUAUUUUUAUUUGUUUUUUCUUGAUCCUUGAUAACUUGUUCAAGUUAUUAAGAAAUGCCCAAUUUCAGUUUUCAUUAGAAUUCCCCAUAGGUUUGAAUUUUUCUUUCAAAGAACCGAUCUUGAUCCUGGAUUCAAGAAAUACCCAGUUUGUGUUUUGAUUAGAAAGUUUGAAAAAAAAUGAGUUUGAGCGUUAAGCAAUCAGCUUUAUCUGCAUGCAUGGAUGUCUCAAAUUCAGUUGUUCACAGAAGAUCGCCAUCAACAAUUUGUAGAUCUUCGUUUUCACCAUCUUUGAACCUUCAAAACAAACCCAAAAGAACCAAUCUUUCAGUGUCAAAGCCAUUGCAUGUCUCAUCUAUCGAGAGUUUUUUUAAAGAGAAAAAACCAGUGAUCCAAUGCAAGGCUUAUGAAGCUGACAAGUCACAGCCAAUUGAAGCAGCUGGGGAAGUGCAAUCAGAAACUGCAAAAAGGGUGAAAAUUGGGAUUUAUUUUGCUACUUGGUGGGCUUUGAAUGUGGUUUUCAAUAUAUAUAACAAGAAGGUUUUGAAUGCUUACCCUUACCCUUGGUUGACUUCAACCUUAUCCCUUGCUUGUGGUUCUUUGAUGAUGUUGAUUUCAUGGGCUACAAGGAUUGCUGAGGCCCCAAAAACAGAUUUUGAGUUUUGGAAGUCUUUGUUUCCGGUUGCUGUGGCACAUACAAUUGGACAUGUAGCAGCAACUGUGAGUAUGUCUAAGGUUGCAGUUUCAUUCACUCACAUCAUCAAAAGUGGUGAACCUGCCUUCAGUGUGCUGGUUUCUAGGUUCUUGCUUGGAGAGACCUUCCCUCCAUCAGUUUACCUGUCCCUUGUUCCAAUCAUUGGCGGUUGUGCUCUUGCUGCUGUAACUGAACUCAACUUCAAUAUGACUGGUUUUAUGGGAGCUAUGAUAUCAAACCUGGCAUUUGUCUUCCGUAACAUAUUCUCAAAGAAGGGCAUGAAGGGGAAAUCUGUUAGCGGGAUGAACUACUAUGCUUGUCUAUCUAUGUUGUCCCUCCUAAUUCUCACCCCUUUUGCAAUUGCUGUAGAGGGACCACAAAUGUGGGUGGCAGGAUGGGAAAAGGCCUUAUCUGAAAUUGGACCGCAGAUCAUCUGGUGGGUGGCAGCCCAAAGUAUUUUCUAUCAUCUCUACAAUCAGGUCUCAUAUAUGUCCCUUGAUCAGAUCUCUCCCUUGACAUUUAGUGUUGGCAACACCAUGAAACGUAUAUCUGUUAUUGUCUCCUCCAUCAUCAUCUUCCACACGCCUGUCCAGCCCAUCAAUGCUCUCGGAGCUGCCAUUGCUAUCCUUGGAACAUUCUUGUAUUCCCAGGCAAAAGCAUGAGAAAACCGGGUUCGAGAAUUUUGAUUCAUCAUAUAACUUAGAUGAUGAAAGAGAAAAUGGUAUCUGGAAGAAUUUAGCUCAGAUGAGUUUGUAGUUUACUGUCUUUAGGGAUCCAUGAUCGCUGGAUUUUGGUCACAUAGACCAGCAGCUUGUCAUAUUGUAGAUACUAAUAAUAAUGAUCAUUAUAAACAAUGUCAUAUAGUGGAUUAGACCAGGUUUUUUAUAUUUUAAUGCGGCUGAGGUCCAAUCUGUUUGAAUAAACAAGGAUUAAUGUUGUGAGCCUUGUCCAUGGCAACAGACAUGAAUAAGAACUGAGGACAAUGUUAUUUGUUUAAA